CGUGAUCAGAAGGUUUCAUUCGACAAUAUCGUCUGCUACUAGAAGUUUACAAAAAGUCUCUCUGAGGAAAAAUCUCUAAACCAGAAACCAUGGCCGAUACCGAUGCUGCACCAGCUGUCGCUACACCUAAAACCAAGACACCAAAGAAGAAAGUCGUCAAGGCAAAGAAACCAAGCAGCCAUCCAAAAUACAGUGACAUGAUCAGAGCUGCCGUCACCGCUUUGAAGGAACGAGGUGGUUCAUCCAGACAAGCCAUUUUGAAAUACAUUUUGGCUAACUACAACGUCGGAAAGGAUUCCAAAACCGUCAACAACCACUUGAAGCUUGCUUUGAGAGCCGGAGUGAAGAAUGGAAAAUUGAAACAAUCCAAAGGAACUGGUGCCUCUGGAUCUUUCCGACUUGGUGAAUCUAAAGCCGAGAAGAAACCAAAAACCAAGAAAGUUGCCGCUAAAAAACCAGCUACCACCAAGAAACCUAAAAGCCCAAAGAAGUCUCCUGCCAAGGUCAAGAAAGCCGCUAAACCAAAAGUAACCAAGAAGAAGUCGCCCAAAAAGAAGGCCGCCGCCAAGAAGAAGUAAUGCGUUAAGUGACUUGAUACUGGACAAAUUCGAAAGUGAAAUUUGGAAAUGUUUAAAAGGACUUGGAAUUCGAUUUACGAUUUUAAAUUCGAACGGGUAGUUAUUCAAUUUUGUUAUUCAUCAACAUUGUGCUAGAAACUUCGAAUGGACACGGGAGUUCGAAUUGGGGAGUGAAACUACAACAACAUGACUCAGGAGAAACCCGAUUUGAGACUUUGUGUGUUCGUUCAUUAACCAUUCAAGUCCCGAUUGACUUAAACUAUCAUCAUUAUCAUCAUCAUUGACGUCAUCAUUAUGUAAAUAUUCAUCAUCGUGCAAUCAUCAUUAAUUUUUAACUUAAUAUUAUGUUAUCAUGUUUCAUUAAACAUUAUGUAUAUAUUUUCAUGAUCAUACCGAUAAGAAAAAAAGUAUGAAAACCG